GUCAUCGAUUUCUUUCCCAGUUUCCUCCUCUUGUUCAAACUCCACGCCUCUCUCGCUCCAAGAGACGUAAGUCUCGCGAGAUCUCGCGUAAACUUACAGAACCGGAAGUAACGUGUGAUUCUCUUUCUUUUUGCGGCCACCACUCAGGCGCCUUCUGCCAAAAUGAAGUUCAACCCCUUUGUGACUUCUGACCGGAGCAAGAACCGUAAACGGCAUUUCAAUGCACCUUCCCACAUUCGUAGGAAGAUUAUGUCUUCCCCUCUUUCCAAAGAGCUGAGACAGAAGUACAAUGUUCGGUCCAUGCCCAUCCGUAAGGAUGAUGAAGUUCAGGUUGUACGAGGACACUAUAAAGGGCAGCAAAUUGGCAAAGUAGUCCAGGUUUACAGGAAGAAAUACGUCAUCUACAUUGAGCGAGUGCAGCGAGAGAAGGCUAAUGGCACAACUGUGCAUGUGGGCAUUCACCCGAGCAAGGUGGUUAUUACUAGACUAAAACUGGACAAAGACCGCAAAAAGAUCCUUGAACGUAAAGCCAAAUCUCGCCAAGUAGGAAAGGAAAAGGGCAAAUAUAAGGAAGAAACAAUUGAGAAAAUGCAGGAAUAAAGUAAUCUUAUCUAUGGCUUUCAUUAAAAACUUAAAACAAAGA